AACAAGAAAAAAAAAAAGGAGAGAGAGAGAGAGAGAGAGAGAGAGAAAUGUGAUUAUGAAGCGGUGUACGGUUCACACACCAAUUAGCUUUUUUAUCACAGCCACAUCGCGUUUCUUUGUAUAAACUCCUGUUUUCUCUCUCUCUCUCUUCUUCUAUUUUUCUCUGUCUAUAACGAUUUUUAAAUCGCCGGCGACAUUACCCGGCGGCUUUUGUUGAAUACAUCUCCGGCUAAUUUAUGAGAUCAUUGAAAAAAUUGUGGUUGAUUUGAUUCAAUUUUGUUGUUAUUUGAAGUCGAUUGAUUAUUUCUAUUUUUGUUGAUCUGGUUAAAGUUUUGGCAAUUUCGGAUCUUCGGAGAUUUCCGAUUCGGAAAACAAACAACUGAAGGAAGAAACGACGGCGUUACGGAUCCUACAUUGUUAAAAAAUAAUAAUAACGAUAGUUAAGAAGAUAAGAGGAGAGAGAAACUGGUGACGUAAUAUGUAUGGAGAGAAAUGUGCAGGAUAGAAAGGAGUGAAAGAAAGAGCAGUGAAAUGGGGAUAGGUAAAGGAGGGGUGGAGAAGGUGAAGGGUAAUAGUGGAAUAACAUCGAGCAGUAGUAGGUCAAAAAUGAAGAUGUGGAUGAUAAGAGCAACAACGUCGGUGUUGUUAUGGACAUGUAUUGUACAAUUAACGACGAUCGGAGAGAUGUGGGGUCCUAGGGUUUUGAAAGGUUGGCCUUCUUGUUUCUCUCACGAAUCUGCUGCUUCUGCUUUGGAGGAGAAUAAUCUUCCUGUUAGAGUUUUGCCUCCUAAGAGGGUUUACAAGAACAAUGGAUAUCUUAUGGUUUCAUGCAAUGGAGGUCUCAAUCAAAUGAGAGCAGCGAUCUGUGAUAUGGUUGCUAUCGCUAGGUAUUUGAAUGUCACACUUAUAGUUCCAGAGCUGGAUAAAGCUUCUUUCUGGGCUGAUCCCAGUGAGUUCCAAGAUAUAUUUGAUGUAGAUCAUUUCAUUACAUCAUUGAGAGAUGAAGUUCGGAUAUUGAAAGAAUUGCCUCCUAGGCUGAAGAGGAGAGUGGAAUUAGGGAUCACUUAUACCAUGGCACCAAUUAGUUGGUCUGAUAUAUCCUAUUAUCACAUCCAGAUUCUUCCUUUGAUACAAAAGUACAAGGUCUUACAUCUGAACAGAACUGAUGCUCGACUUGCCAAUAAUCAUCAACCUUUGGAGAUUCAGAAGUUGCGUUGCCGUGUGAAUUUUAGUGCUUUGAGAUUUACCUCUCAGAUAGAGGAGCUGGGCAAAAGAGUUAUAAAGCUUCUUAGGCAAAAUGGUCCAUUUUUAGUCCUUCAUCUUAGAUAUGAAAUGGACAUGUUGGCCUUUUCUGGCUGUACCCAGGGUUGUAACAAUGAGGAGGUAGAAGAAUUAACAAGAAUGAGAUAUGCUUAUCCUUGGUGGAAAGAGAAAAUAAUAAAUUCUGACUUGAAAAGGAAAGAUGGUUUAUGCCCUUUGACACCAGAGGAAACAGCUCUUACAUUGAGGGCAUUGGACAUUGAUCCAGAUAUGCAGAUUUACAUUGCAGCAGGUGAAAUUUAUGGUGGAGAUAGGAGAAUGGCAAGUCUUGCGGCAGCUUUUCCCAAACUGGUCAGAAAGGAAACCCUGUUGGAACCAUUAGACCUUAGGUUUUUUCAGAAUCACUCAUCCCAGAUGGCAGCAUUAGAUUAUCUUGUUUCUUUGGAGAGUGAUAUUUUUGUCCCAACAUAUGAUGGAAACAUGGCUAAAGUUGUUGAAGGCCACAGGAGAUACCUUGGGUUCAAGAAGACAAUUUUACUGGAAAGAAGGCAUUUGGUUGAUCUUAUAGACAGAUACACUAAUGGUUCGCUGAGUUGGGAUGAGUUUUCUUAUGCUGUAAAACAAGCACAUGCAGAAAGGAUGGGGAACCCGAUGAAGAGGUUGGUGAUCCCGGAUAGGCCAAAAGAGGAGGAUUACUUUUAUUCCAACCCAGAAGAGUGCUUACAGCCGCCAGAUGAUCCUUUGCUUUCUUUGAGUAGCACGUGACAGUUAUUGAGGAGAUUGUGAUAUUUUAUCAGAGUGUUCUCCACAUUCCUAGUAAUUCUACCAAAGAUCAAAGGGAUAAUUCUCUACACAAAGAGGAUAUAGUGAUAAAGGAACAUUUUGUGAGGAAUAGACAAUCAUGAAAAGGAAUAGAUUGGGUUGGUAAAAAUUCAAGAAAGCCUGAGAUGAUCUAUGGGAGCACUUGUAGAAUGCCAUCAUCUUUAGUAUAUGCCAAUAAUCCAAUUCAUGUAUAGAAGCUACCCUGCCAUUACAGGGUGAUGUCAGUCAAAUCAACAAAAUCGGAUUGUACACAGAGGGAUGCAAAUAUAGAUGUGGUCUACCAGAAGUGUGGCCUCAAAGGAAGGUUACUCCUUCGUCCUUCCAUUUUGUAUUUUCUUUCUUCUCUUUUUUGUUUUUUUUGGUUCAUCUAUGAUCUUGUGAGUUCCUAGCAUAUAUCAUAUCUUAAAAAAAUUCACGUUAUCAUAUUAUUAUUGAGAUGGUUGCCUCUCCCUCUUCAA